UUUAAGUUUUAUAUAAGUUGUGUCGAUAGUUUGCGACCUGCAGUCAAGUUAAUAGGAAUUGGAAUUGAACCCGCUUGAUUCCGUCAAAAGAACACGAUUAAAACGAAAUGAGAUAGAACUAUUUGAUUCUGGGGAAUAGUUUAUUUUAAGAUAUUGGUGUACAAAAUGUCCAUUUAAGCAGCCGUCUAAAUAAUAUAUAUAUAUAAUUUUAACAACUUAAUAAUGAAAUGAUCCAAUGGAGAAUAGAGGGACUUUACUGUAGAUCUUGUGGCAUUAAAAAAUAUACACCAUAAUUAAACUGUAAAAUAUUGGACAUCGAAAAUGGAUAUUAUAAAUAGUAUUGUUGAAAGAUUAAGAACGCCGUUCUCGUGGCUGACAACUCCUGUCAUAAUUUCAACAUUCCUGGUCGGUUUAUGCGUGGUCCUGCUGGUCGAUUACUUCCGGCUGAAACGCAACAAAAUUCCCGGACCCAGAGGAGUACCAUUCUUUGGUUACCUCCCUUUCUUUGGUAAAAAUCCCCAGAAGACCUUCUUCAAUUUACGGAAACGAUAUGGUGACAUUUUCAGCAUCCAGAUGGGGAGUUUUCCCGCCGUUGUUAUCAAUGGAAAGGACUUGAUUAGGGAAGCGUUAGUGACGUCAGGGGAUGAUUUCGCCGGAAGACCGAAUUUUUAUACGACACAAUUAUUGGAUGAUGGAGAAAGCGUAACAUUCGGAACGUUCGGUCCAAGACGGGUGUUACAAAGGAAGAUUGCAAGUAACGUUCUCUAUGUGUUCGCGAAUGCUCGAACCAAUCCGUUGGAGGACAUCAUACAAGAAGAAGUUGAAAGACUUUGCUCAGAUUUUGGGAAAAUGAAAGGGGCUGCUUUCGAUCCAAGUGAGGGUAUAUAUGUUUCGGUGGGAAGUGUCUUAUAUCAACUAUGUUAUGGCCGGAACGAAGAAAUCAGAAAUGACGAGAAUUUUCUACAAUUCGUAAAAGUAUCGGGCGAUUUUACCAAAUUUACUGGGGCUGGAAACCCUGUAGACGUUAUGCCUUGGUUACGCUUCGCCAUGCCUUGGAAAUUAACCAAAUUUUGGGCAGUAGUCCGUAAGCUCGAGGUAAUAAUCGAAUCGAAACUUAAAGAGGAGGCAGCUACGUAUUCCAAAGACAACAGGCGGCAUUUAACCGACGGUCUCCUUAAAGCGGCCAUUGAAGUUGAAGCUGAUCCCGAACAUGGCCUAACAGGUGACCAUGUUCGCCACGUCAUGGGUGACAUUACGUCAGCUGGGUUUGAAACGCUGUCGACGACAUUAACCUGGGCAGUUCUCCUACUGGCGAAUAAUUUGACCGUUCAGAGAAAGGUUCACGAAGAGAUUGACGAUGUCGUAGGGUCAAGGUCGCCGCGACUUGACGACAAGCCUAACUUGCCUUACACCAUGGCAACCAUCAAUGAAAUUAUGAGAUUUGCUGAUAUUGUUCCCCUCGCUGUCCCCCAUGCCGCUACACGUGAUACGGAGUUGCGAGGGUACAAAAUAAGAGAAGGGACAAUACUUAUACCUAACUUUUAUUCUGUUAGCCAUGAUGAACAGACCUGGGGGGAUCCUAACAACUUCCGUCCAGAAAGAUACCUCGAUGAAAAUGGCGAACUCGACAAAACUAAAACAGACUUGUACACUCCAUUUUCUCUGGGUCGUAGAAAGUGUCUUGGAGAAUUUCUGGCCAGAAUGGAAGUAUUUUUAUUCUUUUCCGCCAUUUUACAGAGAUGCGAGUUUCGUAAACCGGCAUCGGUGGAGGAAUACAAUCUGGAAGGGUCGUUUGGUCUGACCAUUAAACCCGAACCUUAUGACGUGGCCGUAACUUUAAGAACUUAAGCAUCUUACUCCAUUUUAAAGCCGUUAAUCCUCAUUUGCGAGAUUUUUAAUCGCUUUAGAAAUACACAUUUGUGAAAGUUGAAUCUCUAAAACGACUAGAAAUAUAAUUAAAAUACAAAUCUAUAUUUCGUUUCUAUUUUAUACUCUCGAUGGCCACUACUGCAUGAAGAUCUGACCAGUUGUAGUGGAAGGUCGCGUCAGAGGUCAUACGAGCGGUUUUUCACCUAUGACGUCAGACAAUUGAUUAACCAAUCAGCGUUGAUAUUUCUAGUAGGAUAACCAGAGUUCCGUGCAUCGCACGCCAAGAACUCGCAACAGCAGACGGUUUCAUUGGCUAAUCCAUCACAUUUACCAGAACGCGGGUUAUAUAACAACUCUUCCAGAUCCUAGUCAAGUAAAGACAAGUAAAACGAAGUUUUGAACUAUAAAAAAACGAAACGAAAUAGGAUCUGUGUUGUAAUCAGGUUGAAGGAAUAUUGGCUCACAAACGCCUAAAUUCCAUUCAGUAUUUACAAAAAUAUGAAAUGAAAUUUUGUCAAAAUUAGGCAUUAACUAAUGAUGAUAUCAAGACCGCGCCACCUAUAGGCCUAAGUUUUGAGUAAAAUCCGGUAGAAUCCAAAUCGGAAGAUUAUUUAAACUUGACAGUUUUUUGUUAUUUUCUCUAAAGUUAAAUAAUCGAUGUAUAAUUUAUUUACAUAGAUUAAGCUGUGUAAAAAUUAAAUAUUGUCCUCGCAAUGUAAAUGAUGGUAGGAACUUUAAACUCUAAAGUAGCGAUAAUAUUGAAUGACCAACAAUCUCGUGGAUCUAAUCUAUAUUAAUAUUGGUGACUGUCGUUUGUUUGUCUGUCUGUUUUUGCUCAGGGUUAGCGGCUACACUAGGGUUGUCCAGAGGCUGAAAUUUGGUGUAAAGGGAUAGCCCGGAGCGGAAGGUAACAUGGGCUACGUGGCGUUGGUCACCGCUUCCGGUUUCGGAGUUAUACGACUUUCGAUCCGUGCAGCGCCGGGUAAUCCGCUAGUAAUUAUUAAAUCACUCGGCAAACCUCGACAGAUUCUACGUUAGAUGUAGGGUACCGGAAUCUGCCGAGGUUUGCCGAGUGAUUAUUAAAUGUCGCCCACCAACAUAAUGAUAUCUAUAAUACUUUUCCUUCUAAAAUUAUCCUAUUGUUCGUCUAACAAACAAAUAAUUUGUUAUUGUCUUUUUGCUUAAUUAAACAUAUUUAAUUAAAAA